AUGGCACCUCUUUCGUUGAACUUUAAAGAUGACAAGAAAUAUAAGGGCCUCACAACAGUGUGGUUGCUUUCUGCGUUGGGAAAUUCCAUUGUAAAGGAAAGUAACAAUUAUUAUUCAAACAAAAGCAACUCCACUGGAAACAUAUCUUCAUCCACCGUUAAGAAAAAAGACAUCGUAAAUAUUUCCAUACCAAAAACAUGUGAUGAAAUUCAAAAUUUCGAAAAUGAUUUUUCUCUUAGAUACAUUUCUAAUCUUUUAUAUGGAGUGACAAUUUGCUAUAAUAAAAAAACCGAGUAUGUGUUGAAUGACCUAAAUCACCUGCUUGUGCAGUUACAAAAAAAUGAUGUAUACGCUUUUAAGGCCAAAAAUAAGUCUACGAGGAUUAAUGGAUUGAAUAGUAAUAACAGUAUUAUAGGAAACAAAAACAAUAAUUACACCUGGGAAGAAUGCGUUUUUUUCGAUGACGAUCCCUUAUAUGAUAUUACUAAAGUUCCCGCACUGGAGUUUCUUAACACUACUCUCCAAGAUAAUGUAUCUUUUAUUGAGGAAGCUAAAUCAAUAAGGAGACAAGACUACAUCAAUGAGUUAAGUAAUUCUAACAGGUUCGAGCUUCAUGGGGACAUGACUAACUCAGACGCGCAAAGUAAUCUAGGAUCUAACGUUAGAAAUUCUUUUCCGCUGGAUGAAAUUCCCGUUGAUGUGGACUUUAACCUGGACUUAGAUGAUAUAGUGAGCCAUCAGGGGACACCUUUAGGCUCUCACUCAAGUUCACAGAAGGAUGGAAACGAUUUCAAGUUUAAUUAUCAAGGAGAUGAAUUGGUGUUGAAUUUUGAGAACGAUAAUGAAAAUAACAGUAAUGGAGGAGAAGAUACAUCAGUUGAAAAUGAAGGGCCGGUAGCCAAUCUCAAAGACUACGAAUUGGGGUUAGAAGCGCAGGCUUCUGAAGAAGAAAACGAUCUUCAACAGAAACUUAACACCAGAAUGCAAAGAGGACAUCGCGCCGAUGUAGGUGGGCAAUUUUCUAAGGUACAAUUUGAUGCCAAAACGAGUUAUCCAAAUGAAGUUCUCAAAUUCAACCAUGGAAAUUACAGUCACUUAAUGGAAAAAAACAGGAUUAGAAAACUAACCGGCCAAAAUUUUCUCACCUCUAACAUAAGUAGUUUGGUAAGGUCAUGUGGUGAGGAAGAAUUUUUUUCAACAAAUUGGUUAAGUAUAUUUAACGACUUUUCCAAUAUAAAGACUAGCGAAUGGGACUUAUAUCCCCAAGGUUUUAGUUCAGUUGAAAGAGGGAGAAAAAGAGCACAUUCUUUAGUAUCAACCCAAAGCUCAAGUAGUACCAGAAGUCACGAAUAUGGUAGGAAAAGUUUUCGCAAUAAUAAGAACGAUAAUUAUUCUUCCGAUAUGGAAAAUGAUAAUUUACUUUUAAACCUUGAACAAAUUAAUGAGGAUUUGGAAGAUGGGCACUAUAUUGAAGAAAACUCUCAAGGUAACAUCCUAGAUUUUAAUUUGAAUCUACCUCCUUCAAGUUUUGGAAGAAGUCAUACCAGAAACUCAACCAGGUCUAGUGGUUUCAAUGAAGAUAUAGUUGGUGCUCUCAGAAGGAGAGUCGGGCCAUCUGAACAGAAUUUUGCCGAGGAAGACGAUUCCAGCAACAGUUGUUUUUCUGAUGGCUCUCAGCAAAAUUUGCAGCAGGACAAAACAAAUUUUCAAGACGUCAUUCUGGAUUAUCAAACUAAAAAAUUCUACGAUUACAUCAAAGAAAGAUCAAUUGUUGUCGGAAGAACAACGCGCUCCAAUCCGCCUUUCAAGAGAAAGAUGCUGUUGGUUGACAUCAUCCCAAGCCGCAUGGGCGAAGCUCAAACGGGAGCUAACUUUGAUGAUGUAGAAAGAGGUGUCAGCAGACAGAUAGCCGCCAGUGCCUUCCUAUCCUUACUGAAUUUGGCUACGAAAGGGAUGGUCAAGUUGAACGAAUAUCCUGUUGCAGAUGCGGUAACUAAAGAUCUUAAACUGAGAAGAGAGGACGAAAUAAUUGUAUAUGCCUGA